AUGAAUUGUUUGAAAUUGAUAAACGGAUGUGAAAUGCCUAUGGUUGGUCUGGGUACUUGGAGAGCUCAGCCACAAGAAAUAGAAAUUGCAGUUGAAUCUGCAUUAGAAAAUGGAUAUAGACAUAUAGACACCGCAUUCAAUUAUAAUACAGAAGAAUCAAUAGGCAAAAUUAUAGAAAAAUGGAUUGCAUCGGGAAAAGGAAAGAGAGAGGAUCUGUUCAUUACAACCAAAUUACCAAACUUUGGAAACAGACCCACAGAUGUGAAAAGAUUUCUGGAGCUAUCUCUCGGUAAACUGAACCUCAGCUUCGUGGAUCUAUAUUUAAUACACAUGCCUUUCAGUUUUCAAUGCAAUGAAACUACUUUGACGCCAUUAGUCAAUGAAGAUGGAACAUUCGCUCUAGACAUAAAUAAUGAUAUCAUUGGAACUUGGAAAGAGAUGGAAAAACAAGUUGAGAAUGGACUUACUAAAACGAUCGGGUUGUCAAACUUUAAUGCUGAACAGGUGCAAAGAAUUUAUGAAGCUGCAGAAAUCAAACCAGCUGUUUUACAAGUUGAGUUGCAUGCUUACUUGCAACAAAAAGACCUCAGAAGAAUUUGUGAAAAUCUCAAUAUAGCUGUAACAGCUUACUCACCACUUGGUAGUCCUGGAGCAAAUACACACUUUUCUAUGAAAUACAAUUACAAGAUAGAUGACUUCCCAAAUAUUUUGGAGAACCCUGUAGUGCAAAGUCUAGCUGAAAAAUAUGAAAAAACUCCUGGCCAGAUUUUGUUGAAACACUUGGUUCAAGAAAACAUUUCAGUCAUCCCAAAAAGUGGAAACCCGGAAAGGAUCAAAGCAAAUAUCAAUUUGUAUGACUUUGAACUCUCCGAGGAGGAUCUGACCAAGCUGGACGACCUUGAUAAAAAGGAGGCUGGGAGAAUAUUCAACUUCUUGUUCUUCAAAGGGGUGGAGAAACAUCCGGAGUAUCCAUUCGAGAUCCAAAAAGGCAAAUAA